CCGGUUGGCUGGGCCGGGGGUGUGUGAGGGGCUGCGUUGCCCGGGGUAAAAUGGCGGCCGUGACCGCGCUGAGGAGCGGCUGCCGAGCCGCGGGGCGCCUGUGUCAUUACUAAAUCACUACCUGCAUUGGUUACCAAAUGUUAAAAACACAUGGAAAUCAUUGUGAAACUUCACAUUUAGAAAUAGUUCAGAGAUUUGAUGUGCUCCUUGUGAUCAUCUUCACAGGUGUGCUGUUUUCUGGCUCCUCUAAGAAGAUAAUUUCUAAAUUUUACAGUUUUGAGCUACUUGAGGUGUGCAUUCACCGUGUUAGAUGGUGCAGCAGCAUUCGUGUUAUAAAAUCAAAAUAUGUGUGCGUGUUUGACAAAUCUGCCCUCAAGUUUAGUCAUCAACAGCGAUUAUUCAGAACAUCUGCUGUUUCAUGUGGCCAGAUUGUCCAGUUUAAGCUUUCUGACAUUGGAGAAGGGAUUACAGAGGUGACUGUAAAAGAAUGGUACAUAAAAGAAGGUGACAGUGUGUCUCAGUUUGACAGUAUCUGUGAAGUACAAAGUGAUAAGGCUUCUGUUACUAUUACCAGUCGUUACGAUGGCAUCAUUAGAAAACUCCAUUACAGUAUAGAUGAUAUUGCUUUUGUUGGAAAACCAUUAGUGGACAUUGAAAUUGAUGCUUCUAAAGGUUUUGCCUCAGAAAAAGAUGUUGUGGAAACCCCUCCUAUGUCUCAUGAAGAGCACACUCACCAAGAGAUAAAAGGUCACAAAACAUUAGCAACCCCUGCAGUUCGUCGCCUGGCCAUGGAGAACAAUAUUAAAUUGAGUGAAGUUGUUGGAACAGGGAAAGAUAACAGAAUCCUUAAAGAAGACAUACUCAAUUACUUGGCCAAACAAACAGGAGCUAUUUUACCUCCAUCACCAAAGGCUGAAAUUGUCCCACCUUUGUCAAAAUCAGAGACUGUGCCAGCUGCUCCAAAGGACAAAGCACGCAAAAUCCCAGUACCUGUUUCCAGACCUAUUGUGUUUUCAGGAAAAGAUAGAACUGAACCUGUAACAGGUUUUCAGAAGGCAAUGGUAAAGACUAUGAGUGCAGCCCUGAAGAUACCCCACUUUGGUUAUUGUGAUGAGAUUGAUUUGACUCAGCUUGUUCAGUUGCGAGAAGAGCUGAAACCUCUGGCUGAAAUCCGUGGAAUUAAGCUUUCCUUUAUGCCUUUCUUCAUAAAGGCAGCCUCUCUGGGAUUAUUGCAGUAUCCCAUUCUUAAUGCUUCCUUGGAUGAAAACUGUCAAAAUGUCACAUAUAAGGCUUCACACAACAUUGGAGUUGCAAUGGACACAGAGCAAGGUUUAAUUGUCCCAAACGUGAAAAAUGUCCAAGUGUGUAGCGUGUUUGACAUUGCUUCUGAAUUGAAUCGCCUACAGUCCUUGGGCUCUGCAGGCCAGCUGGGAACAAGUGACCUCACGGGGGGAACAUUCACACUUUCAAAUAUUGGCACAAUUGGUGGCACUUAUGCCAAACCAGUGAUACUACCUCCUGAAGUAGCUAUUGGAGCACUUGGAAAGAUACAGGUUGUUCCUCGGUUUAAUGGGAAAGGUGAAGUAUUUAAGGCGCAGAUAAUGAACGUGAGCUGGUCAGCUGAUCACCGCAUCAUUGACGGAGCGACCAUGGCCCGGUUUUCUAACCUGUGGAAAUCUUACGUGGAGAACCCUGCUUCGAUGCUGCUGGACCUUAAAUAAAGGAACCCAUGGCUAGAACAUGCCUUUAAACUUUGUGGUUUAGACUGAAUAGUUAUGAAAGCUGUCUCUGCUAACAUGUGCCCUUGGCUACGUGCAUUAUAUAAUAAUGUUAUGUGGUUAAAAGUUCUCAACAGUUGAUAUCAGUCUAUCAAUUAGUCGUUACUUCUUUUAAUUAGUAGUGCUGUAUUUUUUCUACAGCAGACUGUCAAACUGAAUAGGUCAAGGCUUCUGAAUAUGGUGGUGGAAUGUCUUUACUGUGCCUUUUAUAAUAAUUGUCAGGUUGGUGGGACUGAGUGACGCUGCUCUACACCUGCAGUAUUUAUAAUCUGAUUAACCUGUCUUAAAGGGGAAUACUCCUAGUUCUUCCAUGUUGGACACGUAAAUUUAUUUUAACCAAUAAUAUCCAGAUUCCCAAAAGGAGUUAUGCAAAAAUCAUAUACAAAUAAAAUGCCUUUAAUAUUUCUGCUGUAAGAGGGCUUUUUGUUGUUUACCUUAGUAAACCUCCGAAGUCUUUUGCUAGUUCAUAUUUUCCUGGCAAUUACUUGCACAGGUUUUCUUUAUCAAAUUGUAAAUGAAGAGGCCAUAUUUAUUCAAAUGCUUACUGAUAACAGUAAUUCGUAACUAUCAGGACCUUAAUACUCUCUAGAAUAUCCUGUAUUUUUGUAAGCUGAAAGUAGUUUCAGUCCCUAAUGCUUUCCAGUUUUUUUUGUUUCUUAUAGAAAGCAUCUGUCCAUGCUUUCUAUAGAAAAGAAAGAAAGAAAAAGAAAACAAAUUAAAAAAGAAGGAUCUUGUUUUGUUAUUUUCACAUUAGGUGAGACUGACAGUAAGCUGAACGUGUUCCAAAAGCUUGCACUGUGUUAUUGAUCUUCAGGUGCUAGCAUUUACCAGAUUAAUCAGAUUCAACAAAGAGUGGACAUUAAAAAAUACUAUGUAAGAUAAGACUUUCCUAAACUCAGAUACGAGGCACAUAAUGAAUAGGUUCGAGUUAAUGGCUUCAAAACAGAAAACAGUUACAUGGCUUUAAGGUGAACUAAACAGAUGAGGAUUGUGCUGGUGAUAUAAUGGGAGAUAGGAAGAAAACCAUUGGAUAUAAAUACCUUCUAGAAACCUAAGCUGCAAACAGACACAAGAAAAGAGAGUUAUAUGGCCUUAAAAAUGAAUCUGUGAUGCACAAAAUGGACAUUUUCUCCUUUCUUUAGAUAUAUCAAACCCAGGAGCAUUCUCCAGAAGUGUAGACCAAAGUUAUCUAUUGCAUUUAGCUGUGAAAAUGUGAGACAGGCUAUCAGAGGUAGAAUCCCUGCUAUCCUUGAUGCUGGAAGUGAGCAAGAGGAAAGCUGGUAAUGUAGGAGGGGGAGCAUGGAGCAUCCAUGUAAGGUGCUAUUUAUAUUUCUAUUGUGGUAUAAGGGUCUUUUAUAUAAAGGUCAUUUCUUGCAAAGUUUGACUAAUAUAUCAUGCUUAUCACCUAAUUCAUUUUUAUCAGAUUUAUUUAUUCCUAAUAAAAAAAUAAAGCCACAAAAAAUUGUAAUAUUGUUUUUAUUUGUGAAUUUCAUGCAGGCAAUGCUGUACAGGUGAUUCAAACUAUUUCUUCUGAUCUUGAACACACAGUACUCAAGGCUACCAAAAGAGCACAGCCUAAUGGCUGCUUUCCUGCAAGCAUACUGUUGUGGACUAUUUGAAGAAAUAGAAUGUUAAAAAUGUUUCAUGGUUGGAAGCAUGAAAAGG